AUCCCCGCCCGCAAUCACUAUCCCACUUUCUGCUCAUCCUUCACGGAAAGCUUAUCGGUGAUGGAUCCCACAAUCCUCAGGAACGUCUGCCGGUUUAGGCCAGGUAUAAAACAUAUCAUCCAAAGCUUCAGACUCCAUCACCCAGCUUAUAGAUCCUUCUCGAUAACGGCACUGAGAAAUAUGAGGACCACCGAAAUGACAGAGCAGCAGCUGGCUGCGGUGAAGAUUGAUCGGGAUAGGCUAUGGAGAGAUCUGCACGAGACGUGUGAAUGGGGAAAGGGGGAACGAUGGGGAGAGGGUACAACAGAUAUUGGGAUGUCGCGAUUGACUUUAUCUGAUGCGGACAAGCAAGUUCGUGACUGGUUCGUAAAUACCACGGAGUCUUUGGGUUGUAAGGUCCAAAUUGAUGCUAUGGGAAACAUAUUUGCUGUAAGGCCAGGAAAGAAAGCAGGACCCCCCACAUUCGCAGGAAGCCACUUGGAUACUCAGCCAACAGGUGGCCGAUAUGAUGGAAUUCUGGGAGUUCAUGCCGGCAUCGAGGUUCUGAAAACCCUCAAUGACAAUAAGAUAGAAACCGAAUACAGCACUGGUGUAAUCAAUUGGACAAACGAAGAAGGAGCCCGUUUCCCAAUUUCUAUGGUCGCCUCUGGCGUAUGGGCAGGUGCCUACUCACUUGAAAAGGCCUAUGGCCUCGUUGAAGUCGGUGGCGGGAAAGCCACACAGAAAUCCGAGCUAGAAAGAAUCGGAUACCUUGGCUCGCUCGAGGCAAGUUACAAAGCAAAUCCGAUAGGAGCGCAUUUCGAGCUUCAUAUUGAGCAAGGACCAAUACUUGAAAACUCAGAGGGUAAGAUUGGGGCCGUCGAAGGAGUACAGGCGUUCAAAUGGUUUAUAAUCACCGUGAAAGGAAAAGACUGCCAUACCGGGACCACAGACUUUCAGAACCGGUCUGACGCUAUGCUCACGGCUGCAAAAUUGAUUUUGCAUAGCCAUAACAAGGCGGCGGAACUGGGUUGCUUGGCAUCUACUGGCAUCCUAACUCUGAAGCCAGGGUCUACAAACACGGUUCCUGGCUUUGUACAAUUUUCACUUGAUAUCAGAUCCAGAGAGGAUCAAAAGCUCCUGGAGCUUGAGAACGUGUUGAAAUCCGACUUCGCCCAAAUAGCAGCUGAGAAGGAGGUCGGUGGGCUCAAUACCUUAGGGACGAGAGGAAGAGGAUGCACCGUGGAAUGGCAGCUGGAUACAGAUUCACCGGCUACCAAGUUCCAUGAGGAUUGUGUGAAGUGCGUAGAGGCCAGUGCGAAAGCUAUGCUUGGAACAGACGCCGGGGGUAAAGUUCAAAGAAUGACAUCUGGUGCUGGGCAUGACAGCGUCUAUACAGCGAGACAUGCUCCCACAUCCAUGAUUUUUGUGCCAUGCAGAGACGGAGUGAGCCACAACCCUUCUGAGUACUGUAGUCCCGAAGAUUGCGGAAAUGGAGCUCAGGUGUUGUUGGGUGCUAUGCUGCGUUACGACCGCUUGAGAGCAGAGAAAGGAGCAUAGGCAGGCUAUCCGGGAGAAGGAUAUUGUGGCAUGUAGACGUAACCCGCAAAGUAAAGCAUGAAUCGGAUUUAAACAAAGGCCUCUAUCAAUUCGG